CGGUCGGUCCCGAGAGUCGUUCACACCUUGCGGGACGCAAAAAUCUAAGAUGGCAAGAGACAUGUACAUUUGAUAGGGUGGUCCGCUCGACAAGAGAGAAAGCCAAUUCGGUUUUAGCAUAACGCACGAUAAUGAGCGAGUGAAAACGGGGAAAAAAGAGAAAAAGAGAGAGAGAGAGAGAAAAAGAGUAGGAGAGCGAGAGAAAGCGAGGGUCGCGAUGAACGGGUAGAUAUCGGUGCAAAAUCAUCAGUCGCGCAUCUUCCGAGCGGGUGAGAGGGGUGCGAUACUACCCUCUUCUCGCACGGUACGCAUAAUCGCUGAGAGAAGAGUGGCGGAUCGAGAGUGGACUACUAGUCGUGCUGUGACGGAAGUUAGGCGCUCUCAGCGGUAUGCCCGUGACGAGUUGUAACGCGAGAUAAAGGUGGGACCGAAGGAACGAGCAUCUUAUUCUGAAGGGAACAACGGGAGAAGGAACUAUGGGAAAAGGGGACAAGAGAGGCGUUACGCAGCGCAGUGAUGGCGCCAGCACCAAUCUCGUGGGCAAGUUCACGCAGAGCGUGCGGAGGAUCGUCCAGGACGUGAAGGACGAGGGCACUUCCAGUGGGCAAACGAAGGAGGAGGUGAUCGAGACGAACGAGAGGCUGAGGGUCGUGAGGAUACGUUUGGACGGUAGCUACGACACCGCCAAAAGGGCCCUGGUCGAGCUGAUGUGCAAGUACACCGACAGCAAGCAAGUGCGCAACGUGUUCCAGCGUUACAACCUCCUCAAAAAUAUGAUCAAGGACGUAAUUAAGCUGGAGACGCAAUAUUGGACGCUGGUGGAUAUACCGAGGCAGGAAAAGCAGGAGACCGUGCCCGCUUUCGUGCUGCGUGCCUGUUCCAUCAUGGAGAAGACCCACAAAAGCGGCGAAGGUGUGAAAACUUCGGCGCGUCUUGCCGAGGAGGCCGAGACCAAGAGAGAGCGCAUCGAGAGACUCGAGAAUAUGACGACGGCGCAAAUCGAAGCUGAAAACACCCAGAUGACUAAUGAUCUGUACAGAUUGCUGAAGAAGUACACGGGUCUCAGGAAUCUCAUCAAAGUGUUGAAAGAGGAGUACAACGGCUCGAAGCUGUAUCCGAUGUUCCCGCGUUACACAAUACUGAAGGACAUGAUAAAGGAUAUAAUGCACAACCCGGACUAUAUGGAAGUCUGUCACGAGGUGGACCAAGCAUAGCGGCCCGACCCCCUCCACCGUUCGCCACGUAUGACCCUGUGAAUUCUUCGAGGUCGCCGCGUGGUCGUCGGUGAAGGGGGUGAACCACAGAACGCUUCAGCUUCGACUGAUGAUUCCGUUUUUGGACAGAGCAAUUCCUGUGAUUUUAUGUUCUAUCCUAAUACCUAAUAUCUCCGCGAAUUCCCAUUUCCUCACCCUUGACGAGCCGCUCGCCAACAACAACGUCAUCUUUGUUCGUUCGAAUCUUGGGGCAAAUCUUGCACCAAUCGUAUACAGUUUCUCGCAGGUAAGUUAGACCCGCUCUUCCUCGCGCGUGUUUUGUAAAGUUUCGGCAAGAGGCGGGAGAGAUGAUAAGGGGUUGAAUAUCACGCUGAAGUACGUCAUCGAACGUCGUGCCAGUAGCAACGAGCACCUCGACGUGCUAUAAGAGCGCCGCAAAUCAUGAAGAUGGAAUAGUCGUGGAGUCAAGGUAGGUCACGAGGUUGUUCUCGUAUAUCCGUGAGAAUGCUGCUACUUGCUGUUUAAUCAUCGCGGAAAAGAAACAAAUCGACAGAAAAUCAGCUUUAUUCGAUGCUUAAAGGUAGAAAUUAUUUCACGGAGAAUGAAAAAAGAUCGUUAUAUAGUUAGAUGAUUUUAAUACAAUUCAUGAUUAAAUUCGAGAUAAAUAUUAUAAAGAAGAUGAUAUCGCGCUGAAUUUUCGUAAUUCCGAAGUAAUUAAUAAAGUUCGCGAAUAAAAUAUAAUAAUGAUGUGAUUCUAGAGAACUUUAUAUUAAAUUUAAUAUUUAAAAAAAUCCUAUUUGUGUCACUUUGUGUAAGAAGAGACUCGCGAGUCCUUCCAAGCAAAUAAGUCCAAGUAGCAGGAUUCGCGAGAAUCCCAGCGUAGAGGCCAAGAGAUUGUUUUAUAAUUUCUGAUUUUGGAUCGGAAUAGUCGCUCGCACGUCACAAAUAAAAGAGACUAGAUGCGCUAUUAUCAAUAGUGAGUGUCGUAUGCAUGUGAUGUACCGUAAUGAAUUAGGAACAAUUUGCAAGGAUCCACGGGGUGUCGAGUAAAUUCGUAUAAGAACGUGUGCGUGUGUUUGUACAUAGCUGUAACUCGUGUGCGUGAAAUUAGCGUGAAAUUGUGAGAGUGGUGUCAAUGUGGAGCACGUUAUUACCUGCUUCCUGCUAUGUAGGACUCUCGUAAUAAAGGACGUCGUCGGUCUCGCGCGACCGAAUAUUCGCUUUACCUACGAAGAGGACAAAGAUUAAACGACUCGAGACGCUCGAGCAACGUUCUGCGAGAAGAAGAUGUAUUUAUAACGAAAAAUAUUAAUGAUUUAACACUUGAAACUAAGAUUUACAAUACGGUUAACUUUGAAUAUGAAGAUUUUAUUGGAAUAUUUGGAUGUAUUGUGCGUGCAUAUAUAUAUAUUUAGUAUGUAAAAUUUGGAAUAUUUGAAUCCUCGCUUUUUAUCUGCGAACAGAGACAGAGAUUAGGCGGUUUGAAGCGUUCGAGAAUACUGAAUACACGUUUAUGAAUAAGAAAUAUUGAUUAAUGAUUUAACACAAAUUCACAAGGCCAAUUUUAAAUGCGGAAAUUUGUGUGGAUUAUUCGAGUCACAUAUUUGGUAUAUAAUAUUGGAAUAUUUCAAAUUUAAAUCUAUGUGUAUUUAAACAGCAUUUUAUAAGACAUGAAUGCAUGUCUUGAAAUUAAAAUAAUAAAUUCAAAAUGUAUGAAUUAAAAUAUAGAUCCAGAUUUAAAGUGGAACUAGCACACACACAUGUACACACAUACACGCGAGUUUUUAUUUCAGCACUGAAUAUUUGGGGAUGAAUCAUAAAUUGAUAGAUAAAAUGUGAUGUAAUAUGAAUUUUUUGUCCUCACAUUUCAGCUUAAAUGAAGUGAUAUUUGUUCAAGCCGAUUUCAAUUAAAAAUCAAUUUUUUAACGAUAUAAUUUACAUUUUUAUCAAUCACUUUUUUUACGUAACCAAAAAUAUGCACGUAGUGUUGAAUAUUAAUCGGCUAUUCUGUCGUAUGUACAAAGCAUAAAUAUUAAUGGUCUCCUGUUUAAAAUACACGCAACGCCUUCAUUACGUACCGCGAAAUAAGCUAAGAUUUGUGUCAUAUGGAUCAACUAAUGUUUCUUUCAUGCAGGAACAGAAGGGCAAGAAUGUCACGUGUAUACAUUUUUAUUUUUAAUGCAGCGCGAGAUUUUCCAGGGCAUGGACAUAUUCAUACAUAGAUAGGAUAGAAUCGCAUUACAUUUACCGUACAUUUAGCGUUAAACGCAGUUUUCGAGUAUUUGUAUCAAGCGCGAUUUUCCAACGCUAGAUAGAUCAUAUUGGACAGAAAGGAAAUUAGUUGAUAUAAUUAAAUAUCAUUGGGGUUCACAUAAAAUUCACCAUAAAACAGUUGCAUUUAUAGCUAAGUAUGUAAUAAGAUUCCGUAUGCUUGACGAUAAUAAUCGUAAGUACACAGUAAAAAAUUUAAUGUCCCAGAAAGUCCACUCUAAAUUUUAUGUUAAAAUAAC